GGCGAAAUGAAGUAUAAAUGAAUCGAUGCGUAUGUGAAAUUGAACAUUUCAUUUGUGUACAACUUCAAUGUGAUUCUUUGUUAGAAUAAAAAAAAUAGAUAUGUCAAUGUGUCAAAAAGAAAAUGUCAUUGUUUUAAAUUAUACCAAAAGUGUUGAACUAUUCGAAAAAGAAAAGACAGAAAAAUUGUUUAUAUUUUUUAUAAAACUGUGAAAUUUGUUUUUUAAUCACAAAAAUACAAACAUGUCGAUCGACAUAGUAUCGAAUGCAUUUGCGAUAUUUCAUGAGUCCAUCAAAACGGACGUACAAAACAAAAGUGACUUAAUUGUUGCAAUAAUUCAUCACAGUAUGGUUAUUCGGAAUGGUUUUCUAUGCUUAGGAUUAGGCCAACAGAUAACACUCCAACCAGAAGAAGAAAACAGUGGCUCCUUACUAUUGCCGAGAAAUUGGUAUGGAAACCGCCGACUAUACGAGCUUAGAUAUGUACGUGAGCGCAAAGUAUUCGUGUUACUAGGUGACGUGAAAAACAAUGGCACAAUUAUUUUGACGUUGCUGAAUGGUGACGCAAUGCAAAAAACAAAGAUAGACUUUGUUAUCGAAGACACAGUAAAGUCGAUGCAAGGCGGACUAUUAACAAUGGUACCAGGAUUUCAUGCUAUCAUAAGCCGUUUGCAACGCGAAUUGGUGGAUCCUCUCACAGCCCAGCCAUCAGUUUUGCAGCGGUUUUGUACAUCUGGUUUAACUUGGAGCAAUAAACUUACCGUUGCCUGCAUUGCAAUACCUUUUGCUGUUUUAGUUUCUUUUGUUGUUGCUGUUUUAGCUGCUUUUGUUGUUGUUGCAUCAAAUUCAAUAAAAAAAAUCAUUGUCUAAAACUCAUCCUCUUUUCUUCAAACCACAGGUAUCUCAAAUGAAAAGAUUUUUCAUUGGUGUUGAGGGCCGAAAAAAAAAUGAAUAGUCCCAUUUGAAAAAGAUCUACAGAUCAGUACAUUCUUCUAAAUUAAAUGCAUUGUAAUUUGAAAAAGAAAAUAAAGUGCACGAAAAGCAUAAGUCAAAUGUCUUUUUCUCAAUUUUUUAAAUGGAAAAAUGUAAUUAUAUUAUUAUUAUUAAUGGAAAAUUGUAUUAUGAUUUAAACCAAAAUAACGACGAUUGUUAUAGACGAUAAAAUUGGAAAAUAUUACAUUGUCGUCGUUAAGCAUCUCAGCCUCACUUAUAGGCUCCUUAUUUGGAAGAUUAAAUAAAGAAUGUUUCACUUUAUCCGACGAAUAUUUGCUACACGAAUCAA